UAUAUAUCACCUGCUCUCUUCUUUCAGGCAAUCUUUAUAAUUUCUCACUCUACAAACUAUCAAUCAAACACAUAUAUUUAUUUAUAUAUAUAUAAUUGGAAUUAAUUAAUUAAUUAAUUAAGAAUGGUGAGAGCACCUUGCUGUGAGAAAAUGGGGCUGAAGAAAGGGCCAUGGAGCCCUGAAGAAGACCAGAUUUUGAUUAGUUAUAUUCAGCAACACGGCCAUGGAAACUGGAGGGCUCUCCCAAAACAAGCAGGUCUUUUGAGAUGCGGGAAAAGCUGCAGGCUGAGAUGGACAAAUUAUCUUCGGCCAGAUAUCAAAAGAGGAAACCUCACCAAACACGAAGAAGAAGCCAUCAUCUCCUUGCACCACUUGCUUGGUAACAGGUGGUCUGCCAUAGCUGCAAGAUUGCCAGGAAGAACAGACAACGAAAUAAAAAAUUUAUGGCACACCCAUCUGAAGAAAAAGCUGCAGCUGACGUCACCCUCCAAUUCAGAUCCCGACAAAAUUAGGGUUUCCAGCCCCCACAGCGAAAACAUCUCCUCCGUCACCGACGACAAUAAAUCCGCCGCCGUCAAGAAGGAGGAAUCCGAUUAUUCGUCGUCGGAAUAUUUUCCUCAGAUCGACGAAAGUUUCUGGUCCGACCACCGUUCUCCCAAUGUGAAAUUAGAAGAUUCCGCCGGCGCCGGAGGAAUGGACUUCUGGUACAAUCUGUUCAUCACGGCGGGAGACCUCCCGGAGGACUUGCCGGAGUUUUGACGGGGGUUUGAACGAGGGCAUAUUUGACAUUUUAGGCAGACACGUCAGUAUCACUGAUUUUUCUUUUUUUAUUUUAUUUUUAUGAAGGGUAAGAUGGGAAUUUUAGGAAUUUGAUAGGGGCUGACAUGGAAAUAUAAAAAUGGUUGUGCUGUAUAUUUAAUUUAAUUUAAUUUAAUCUAAGAGGGUAGAGUAGUCAAUGAGUAGAAAUGGUAUUAGUGGGUGUGAUGUGAGCUGACUAAUUGAUCGCUUUUUAUUGGUCUAAGUUCUUAAUGUCGUCUUUUGAAAUAUUGUGGGCUCAAUUUGAUCA